AUAGAAUAUAUUUUAUACUGACAUUCUAUCAUAUAUUGGACUGUGAUUUCUUUUGAAGACUGAAAUAUUACUAUUUUAAAUGAUCAUGCAUUCUAUACAGUUUAGACCAGUUCGAUACCAAGAUGGAAAUAUGCAUUGUACUUUAAAAUUCGGAAGCUUCGUGUAGCCCCUGUUUCGAAAUUCGAAAUCCCAUGAUCGUCACCAAGUGAUAUAGAACACAUAUUUAUAAAAAAGAUAAAUAUUACUAACUUGUAUACAAUAUUUAAUAGAAGUUAAACAAAUCAAUUCACAUGAUUAUAACAAAUAAAAUGGGAGUAUUGGCUCAACAGCAUGAAAAUUAUUGGAUUAUCAAGUCGUCUAAACUGAUUUUGAUGUGCAAAGAACAACAUAAGAAAGUUAACGCCACAGGAAAACACAGAUAUUUAUUUUUCAAAACAUCAUUUCAUGCAUGCAACGACAUAGGGAUGCUUGAUGACCAAAUACGAGAUUAGUCUAUUCGAAUUUUAAUAUAAUUUUUUGUCAUUUUUUAAAAUUCGAAUUGACAUAUUUGGCAAUACAAAAACAGUAAUAUAGUUUUGCGAACAGAAGUUGGUCAAAAUAUGGCUUUGAGUACUCUGAAAACGUUUAACGCGACUACAAAACUGGCCUCAUAUGCGAAUUGGAAAGGACCCCAUCUUCCAAUUAUCAUGGCAGGAAAGGGAUUUAGCUAUAGUGGACAUGAUCUCAUCGUUGAAUGCGAUGAUUGUAAAGCUAAAGUGGAUAUGAAAACUGAAGACAUUAUUUCAUUAUCAGAUAGCCAUUCAGGGGGUUGUAGAAUAAGUCAAAUUUUACGAGAGAAGAAGGCAAAUCCUAUUGUAAGCCAUCGGGGUCCUUUUUCUCAACAAAUGCAAUGUGAAAAAUUCACAUACGAACUUUUGUUGUAUCCGUCCUUAGCUUCAAUUAUGCUAGCACCAAGCGAUGAGUGUCCAUGCAAAGUAUGUUGCCGUGGAAACCAUAUACUUUCCACUGUGUUCCCAUUUAGGCCCAACGAUAUGUAUGGCUAUCCAAGGCUCUUCGGGAAAAGACUUAUAAAUUCCAUAAAGCAAAGAUUAGAGGAGCACAAUGGCCCAAUACAUCCACAGUUAACAGAUGUAGAAGUACGCAAAAGAACUUUUGCAUUGUACGAGUUGGAUCAAAAUAUUGAAACUUUGGCUGAAGCAGGGUUUUACUUUGCAGGUCAAAGAAAGGAAAUUGUAUGCUUUUAUUGUGACGGUAGUCUUCGGCAAGAGGUACUUGCAACAAACCCAUGGGAGGAACAUUGUCGAUGGUUCCCGGUCUGUCCUUAUGUUCUGAAAACAAAGGGAGAGUCAUUUGUACACGAUACAAUGAUUAACACUAAAGCACUAAAGACACAUCUUAAAGGUUAG